AUGGUCUGCACGGACGAUCCGAUAACCGAAGAAAUUGAGGAAGGCUCGGCCCCAAUUGCAAGGGGCCGAGGUAUCUUCAUUGCAUCGGCCCUGGAUGGGUCCGAUGCUCACACGCUACUAUCAGUUGUGUUUAUCAAUGGCAAGUAUAAAGGCAGCACAUUGGAAUUACAAGGUUCUUAUGCUCUGUUUGAGCGGGUGGCGGAGGUGGCGGUGGUGGGUGGCACCGGAAAAUUCCGGCUAGCCCGCGGCUACGCGACUUUCGAGAUCCUUUACAACGAUUCUUUGCGCGGGUAUUUACUGGCUCGAUCUAAUAUGACUGUUCUACAUUACUAA